GGAGUCACGUGACCUAGCUGUGACAGGGCUCCACGCACACCGCUAUUUAGGAGGGGCGUCUACUUGCUCUACCCUGCAACACCCGUAAGACCAGUGGUAGUAGGAGGUGGUUCAGGGGUACCGGGUUGUGUUCAGCGGACAGAGUAUUAACUAUUCGUGUUGAUCGAACUACCAACGUCGAGAUGAGUUCCAUGCCUACGUUAAAGCCGAGGCUUGUUGUUUUAGUGAAACAACCGGGUGUGGUCUCCUUUGGAUUCAAUGUAACUGCUACAAGAUCGGAGCCGUUCCGCUACGUCGGUAUCGUGGUGGACAACUCGCUGGCCAAACAGGCUGGUCUGAGAAGUGGGGACAGAGUGCACGAAGUCAAUGGUGUACCGGUGGACGGACUACCUUUACCAGAUGUCCAGGGCAUGGUGGCCCAGCGACGGGACCGGGUGGAUCUCCUUGUGGCAGACCCCAUGACCGACCAGCUAUACCGUGACAACAACGAAGUGAUCAGAGGGGGGCUGCCAGAAACUAUCUGCAUCCAGGUGCCAUCAGAUGACGUCUCGCCAAGCCAACAAGAAUUUACAAAUGGUGUGGAGGAGAUCGAGGCUGAAGUUGUGGACCCCGACACGUUCCUUGGCGACGAUGGAAUGGAGGACAUACCUCCUCCUAUCACAGGGUAUCAAUCGAACGGAGUCAUCCAUUCCGAAUCGAGUCCAAUGAAGGCCCGACUGUGCACCGUCAAGAAAUGGCCCGACUACCAGGGUUUCGGCUUUAUCUUGCACGGCGACAAAGACGAUCCCGGGCAGAGCAUCGGCAAAGUGGAGAGUGGUUCCCCCGCAGAGGCAGCGGGACUGCGGCCAGGAGACCUCGUCGUGGAGGUGAAUGGUGUAAAUGUUGAGGCCGAGUACCAGCAGCAGGUGGUGGGGAGGAUCGCUAAUGGCCCGGUUCCACAACAAACUACUCUACUGGUGGUCGACCCUGACACACUCCGCUUCUUUCGUGGCCACAGUGUUUCAGUCCACGGCUCGAUGGUGGACAUAGAACGGAUCGAGACUCCCCCGCGGGCGCUAGUACCAGCGUACACUGGAAACAUAAAAGUGAGAUUAUGUCACGUAAAGAAAUGGGCAGAUUUCUCUGGGUACGGCUUCAUCCUGCAUGGAGAAAGGGGCGUCCCGGGCACUUUCAUCACCAACAUUGACGAGGGGUCCCCAGCGGUAGCAGCCGGAUUACUGGACGGUGACAAAAUCAUUGAGAUCAAUGGUGUGAACGUUGAAGGUGAGGAGCAGCCGGGGGCCAUCAGACACAUCCAGAUGGGAAUCGACGGCAACACCAAUGAGACAAGACUCCUGGUGGUGGACCCUGAGUCAGAGCGAUACUACAAGAGACAACAGGUCCAGGUCUCGGGUUCCAUGGCAGAUGUUGUUUACUUAACUAACCCGGAGAGGGAACUACUUCCUCCACCCCCUGUCAUAGAACCACAGUCCAGAAACAGUAACUCUCAAUACAGGGCCCGCCUGUGUCACCUCAAGAAAUGGUCGACGUUUGACGGCUACGGCUUCUACCUGCAGUCAGAGGAAGGAGUCAGAGGCAUCUGUGUCGGGAAGGUUGACCCCGACUCCCCUGCCGAGGCCGCGGGACUGCGUAAAAACGACCGGAUUGUCGAGGUGAACGGCGUCAAUGUGGAGGAUGACUCUCAGAACGAUCUUGUAGAAAAGGUUGUGGCUAUUCCCGAGGAAACAAGGCUUCUAGUAGCCGACAGCGCUACGUUUCAAUACUUUCUGGACGCCGGUAUCAUGGUUAACGGAAACAUGACAGAUGUGGAUGUCAUUGAAGCCCCUGACCGAUAAACUGAUGGCGAUGGAACUUCACGAAAAGAUGCGUGCCAAAUCGUUACUCGCGCAUCGCCGUUGCAGCUGAAAUCAAAGACAUUCAUUUCCCUUUGAAACUGAUUCUGUGUUAAAUUACCCAGUGCGUGUAUGUACACUACUUCAUCGCCCAUGAAUUGGUUAUAACAUAGACGUUAUUCUGACCACAUGUGAACUGGUUAUAACAUAGACGUUAUGCAGCCCACAUGUGAACUGGUUGUAACAUAGACGUUAUUCUGACCACAUGUGAACUGGUUAUAACAUAGACGUUAUGCUGCCCACAUGUGAACUGGUUAUAACAUAGACGUUAUUCUGACCACAUGUGAACUGGUUAUAACAUAGACGUUAUUCUGACCACAUGGGAACUGGUUAUAACAUAGACGUUAUUCUGACCACAUGGGAACUGGUUAUAACAUAGACGUUUUGCUGCCCACAUGUGAACUGGUUAUAACAUAGACGUUUUUCUGACCACAUGUGAACUGGUUAUAACAUAGACGUUAUGCUGCCCACAUGUGAACUGGUUAUAACAUAGACGUUAUUCUGACCACAUGUGAACUGGUUAUAACAUAGACGUUAUGCUGCCCACAUGUGAACUGGUUAUAACAUAGACGUUAUUACAUGUGAACUGGU